CACAAUCUGCCACCGUAUGCUCUGCUAUUACAUCAACCACGUUCUGAUGAACACACAUUCGUCUCUCUUACUUCAAGAAUCAAUUGAUGUUUCUUCAAUCUAUGGCUUAAGCGCUACUGCAUUGAUUUCAACAUCUCGUCGCAACUUCAAAUCUACAUCUUUUUCAGGAGUCGAAACUUGAAACCCUAGUAUCUGUUCGAAGUUGAUUGUUUCAUGCAAAAAAUCCCUCGUCUUGAGAAGAAGAUCUAGCUGCGACUCACCAUGAACGAUCUUUUAUCUGAAUCAUUUGAGAAUCCUCGGGGUCAAGAUUAUGGCCAUGGUGAUCUUGAAAUGGGAACACAAAAUAACUCGAAUUCUGCAGAGUUAGGGUUGAAUGAUUUUUUCAAGAAGGUUCAAUCCAUCGAAAAACAAUAUGAAAAGCUGAAUAAAUUACUCAAAACACUACAAGAUGCUCAUGAGGAAUCCAAGGCUGUAACCAAGGCUGCUGCUAUGAAAGCAAUCAAGCAACGUAUGGAGAAAGAUGUGGAUGAAGUUGGAAAGAUUGCCAGGUUUAUUAAAUCAAAAAUUGAGGAACUUGACAAAGAGAACUUGGCCAACAGACAAAAGCCUGGAUGUGGAAAAGGAACCGGAGUUGACCGGUCAAGAACAGCAACUACACUUUCUUUGAAGAAAAAGUUUAAAGACAAAAUGUCUGAAUUUCAGGGUCUAAGGGAAAAUAUUCAUCAAGAACAUCGUGAGGUGGUUGAGAGGCGUGUGUAUACAGUAACGGGAACCAGGGCAGAUGAAGAGACAAUCGAUCAACUCAUAGAGACAGGAGACAGUGAACAAAUUUUUCAGAAAGCAAUUCGGGAACAAGGGCGAGGACAGGUACUUGACACCCUUGCAGAGAUCCAAGAACGCCAUGAUGCAGUAAGAGAAUUAGAAAAGAAGCUUCUUGACUUGCAACAGAUAUUUAUGGAUAUGGCUGUAUUGGUGGAUGCUCAAGGGGAAAUGCUAGACAAUAUAGAGACACAGGUGUCAAGUGCAGUAGACCAUGUGCAAGAUGGGAACAAAGCCCUUUACAAAGCAAAGAGUCUACAAAAGAAUUCAAGGAAGUGGAUGUGCAUUGCUAUUUUGAUUUUACUCGUUAUUAUUGCAGUAGUUGUUGUUGGUGUGCUCAAGCCAUGGAAAAAUGGCAAUGGUGCUUAGUUACUUACAUACACCCCCAUUAAGAGUUUGAGUGUGAGGUCUUAUUAUUAUUUUAUUUUAUUUACCCUAUUCUUGUGUAAAUUGAGAGCAUUUUUUAUUUUUAUUCUUCAAAUUAUUGACUUGAUGUUAUGUUGUCUCUGAAUGUGUUUGGCUGUACUUGGAAUUCACGGUUUCUUUAAUUCAUGUUCUAUUUGUUCAUUUA